CGGAGCGGCGCCCCCUGCUGAGCCCCGAGAGCCGGGUGAGAGGGGGUCGCGCGCGGCCCCCAGUCCGGGGCCCCGAGAUUCUAGACCCGGCCCCGCGAGGGGUGCCCCGAGCGCGGCCCCGAGAUCCCCGCCCAGGACCCGAGGGAAGGGAUCCCAUAAACAUCUUGUUCAGAUUUGGGCCACCUGGAUGCUGAGGGCCACUUCGCAGCCUGGUCCCAGAUGGCCUGGCUUGCUUGCCACUGGAACAUGUCCAACCAAACCACUGUCCCCCAUGUUCCCCAGAGGACUAAAUGAAGUCUUGAGUACAAAGUGCUCUUGCAUGGCCAGCAGCCGGAUGCCCGGGCCCAUUGGGCGGGCCGGUGGCCGCCUGCGGGAUGAGCAGACUGCUCGGGGGGACGCUGGAGCGCGUCUGCAAGGCCGUGCUCUUACUCUGCCUGCUACACUUUCUCGUGGCCGUCAUCCUCUACUUUGACGUCUACGCCCAGCACUUGGCCUUCUUCAGCCGCUUCAGUGCACGAGGCCCCGCCCGUGCCCUCCACCCAGCUGCCAGCAGCAGCACCAACUGCUCUCGGCCCAACGCCACUGCCCCCAGCUCCGGGCUCCCCGAGGCUCCCAGCGCCCGGCCAGGCCCCACGGCUCCUGUCCUGCCACCCUGUCCUGACUCGCCGCCUGGUCUUGUGGGCCGACUGCUGAUUGAGUUCACCUCACCCAUGCCCCUGGAGCGGGUGCAGAGGGAAAACCCAGGCGUGCUCCUGGGCGGCCGCUAUACACCGCCCGACUGCACGCCAGCCCAGACGGUGGCGGUCAUCAUCCCCUUCCGACACCGGGAGCACCACCUACGCUACUGGCUCCACUAUCUGCACCCCAUCCUCAGGCGACAGCGGCUGCGCUAUGGCAUCUAUGUCAUCAACCAGCAUGGUGAGGACACCUUCAACCGGGCCAAGCUGCUCAAUGUGGGUUUCCUAGAGGCGCUGAAGGAGGACGCCACCUACAACUGCUUCAUCUUCAGUGACGUGGACCUGGUGCCCAUGGAUGACCGCAACCUGUACCGCUGUGGCGACCAGCCUCGCCACUUCGCCAUUGCCAUGGACAAGUUCGGCUUUCGGCUGCCCUAUGCCGGCUACUUUGGAGGUGUGUCGGGCCUGAAUAAAUCCCAGUUCCUGAGAAUCAAUGGCUUCCCCAACGAGUACUGGGGUUGGGGUGGUGAGGAUGACGACAUCUUCAACCGGAUCUCCCUGGCUGGGAUGAAGAUCUCGCGCCCAGACAUCCGCAUAGGCCGCUACCGCAUGAUCAAGCACGACCGGGACAAGCAUAAUGAGCCCAACCCUCAAAGGUUUACCAAGAUUCAAAACACGAAGCUGACCAUGAAGCGGGACGGCAUCGGGUCAGUGCGGUACCAGGUCUUGGAAGUGUCUCGGCAACCGCUCUUCACUAAUAUCACAGUGGACAUUGGGCGGCCCCCAUCAUGGCCCCCUCGGGGCUGACACCAAUGGACAAAGGCUACCAGUGCCAAGGAUUGCCUGCCAGAGGACUGACCUACAGCCUGGCUGGUGGCUGCUCUGUGACAGAUCCCCCAGGACAGAGACUGUGGGCUCUGUUUUCUGAGGGUCUUCAGUAGGCCCCCCAGCUGCACCUGGAAGUUUCAGAACCUACUUCGGGGAGCUUCUGUCCUGGGCAGGCCCCUCAAGUGUGGCCCUCUCUGGGGUCAACCCUUCUUCCUGCUCCUCCCUCCCCAGUUCAGCCCCCCUCACUGUCAGGGUUGGGCCAGCCCCUGCACUGCCUCGCCGAGUGGCCUGGGCCAGGUCACUCCACCUCUCUGUGCCUCAGUUUCCCCCCCUUGAGUCCCCUAGGGCCUGGAAGAGUGGGAGGUAUGACUAGGGGGCAAUGUCGCUUCCAGGGGGAAUUCUCAGACCUGGGGAUCCCCCAUGCUCCCAGGGGAGGGGAAACCUUUUUCACUCAACAUUGUAGGGGGCAAACUCCGGUGCACCCCCUGCUGAGCAGCAGCGUCAGGAGGGGACCAGAGGGGGUGCUGUGUCGCUGCCUGGGAUCUUGGGGUUGGGCUUUGCAUGGGGGCGGUUGGGGCUCGGAUCAGUUGGGUUCCUGCCCCGCCCCCCUCAGAGAGAAGGCAGUAGCCCCAGGGCCGGCUCGUGUUUGUACAUUGCACAGAAACUUGUGUGGGUGCUUUAGUAAAAAACGUGAAUGGAGGAGCCCCUUUGUCUGUUUGGGGAUGGGGAUCUGGAUCCCUAAACCCAGACCCGGAGUGUGUUAUGGGACGGCCAGGGGGAACCAGGACAGCCUAUCGGUCUGGCCCAGGCUGUCCUGGUUCCCCACGCCCCUCGAAACGCAGUGGUUCGCUAGACUUCCGCCGGCUGGAAGGAGAAAUGUUUACCCUGCCGCUGCCUCCCGGCCAGAAGAGACAAAGAAGUAAUAAACCCAUUGGGCUCAGA